AUGGCGUUGCUCCGCCUCCACCUCCUCCGGCCGCCGCCCCACCCGCUCGCCGCCGUAUCCUCCUCCUGGCGCCGCGCGCUCCCAGCCGCCGCGCCCACCGCCACCGCCUCCCGCCUCCUCUGCUCCAGCCAGCCCGCCGCCGCCCCCUCGCCCUCCGUCGUCGGCGGCCUCCUCGACUACCUCAACGAGUCAUGGACGCAGUUCCACGCCACUGCCGAGGCCAAGAGGCAGCUGCUCGACGCGGGGUUCGAGCUGCUCAGCGAGAAUGACGACUGGGACCUGCAGCCCGGCGGCCGCUACUUCUUCACCCGCAACAUGUCCUGCCUUGUUGCCUUUGCCGUAGGGGAAAAGUACAGAGUCGGCAACGGUUUCAACAUAAUUGCGGCCCACACCGAUAGUCCGUGUCUCAAGCUGAAACCACGGUCUGCCUCCUUCAAGUCUGGUCAUCAGAUGAUAAAUGUGCAGACGUACGGAGGCGGGCUCUGGCAUACAUGGUUUGAUAGAGACCUAACGUUGGCUGGGAGGGUCAUCCUCAAGGCUGCUGAUGGUUCAUUUGCGCACAAGCUUGUCAAAGUGAGCAGACCGUUGAUACGUGUACCAACACUGGCUAUACAUCUUGACCGCACAGUGAAUUCUGACGGAUUCAAGCCUAAUCUGGAGAAUCAUCUAGCUCCACUUCUUGCAACAAAGUAUGAAGAUACUACUGUGAAUUCUGAUGAGAAAAAGGGUUCAAAUUCCUCAAAGAUUGCCCAUCAUCCGCUGCUUUUACAAAUUCUGUCAGAGGAAAUCGGUUGUGGAAUAGAUGAAAUAAUUGGUAUGGAGUUGAAUGUGUGUGAUACCCAACCUAGCUGUCUUGGCGGGGGAAAUAAUGAGUUCAUUUAUUCUGGUAGAUUGGACAAUCUUGCUUCAUGUUAUUGUGCUCUUAGAUCUCUAAUGGACUCCUCCAAGAUGUCAGCAGAAUUGUCAAAUGAGAAGGCUAUAAGAAUGGUUGCAUUAUUUGAUAAUGAAGAGGUGGGUUCAGAUUCGAUGCAAGGGGCAGGUGCACCAACUAUGUUUCACGCUAUGAGACGAAUUGUUGACUCCUUGAUGCAUCAGUCUAUGGGAGAGGGGGCUUUGGAGCGUGCAAUAACAUCCUCUUUCCUUGUUUCUGCAGACAUGGCUCAUGCGCUGCACCCAAACUAUGCUGACAAGCAUGAAGAGUAUCACAGACCAGAACUACAAAAAGGACUUGUUAUUAAGCAUAAUGCCAACCAACGUUAUGCCACAAGUGCUGUGACAGCUUUUCUCUUCAAAGAAAUAGCAAGAAUUCAUAACCUUCCAGUUCAGGAAUUUGUUGUAAGGAAUGAUAUGGGUUGUGGCUCAACCAUUGGCCCCAUACUUGCCUCCGGUGUUGGCAUUCGGACUGUUGACUGUGGUAUCCCCCAACUUUCAAUGCACAGCGUUCGAGAAAUGUGUGGCAAAGAAGACAUAGAUACUACAUACAAGCACUUCAAAGCUUUCUUCGAGAUGUUCUCAGACAUCGACAGGAAAUUAAGUGUAGACUUCUAGACGUUAUCAGAUAAAUGCUCAGCCGCUGAAUAAUGUUUGGAACUUUAGCUUUGUGUACAUCAUACUACAGCUGUUUAUGACAGUAUCAGCUUUUUUGUAUAUUUAAUUUGGUCUAAGGCACGGGUACUGGUUUGAAAAUCAUUUUUCCAUACGAUAAUGCAGAGACAUCCUUCAUUUCUCCAAA